AUGUCGUCGGUGUUCACCAGUGGUCUCCUGUGUUUACAGGCGGGGGCUGAAUGCGACCCAGCCUGCGACCCCAAAAAUGGAUUCUGCGAGGAUGGCAAUGUUUGCAGGUGCCAGCCCGGCUGGGAGGGCCCCCAGUGUGACCAGUGCAUAACCUCCCCUGGCUGCGUCAAUGGAGUCUGUGAGGAGCCAUGGCAGUGUAUCUGCAAGAAUGGCUGGGACGGGGACCUCUGCGACAUAGAAAUGCCGGCUUGUACCUCAACCCCCUGUGCCAACAAUGGAACCUGCGUGGAUCUCGAGAAGGGCCAGUACGAGUGUUCCUGUGCCCCUGGGUUCUCUGGAAAGGACUGCCAGAACAAAGCUGGGCCCUGCGUGAUCAAUGGUUCUCCCUGCCAGCACGGGGGUGCCUGUGUGGAUGAUGAGGGCCGGGCCUCCCAUGCUUCCUGCCUGUGCCCCCCUGGCUUCUCUGGCAACUUCUGCGAGAUCAUUGACAACAGCUGCACCCCUAACCCAUGCGAGAACGACGGCGUCUGCACCGACAUCGGGGGCGACUUUCGUUGCCGCUGCCCAGCUGGAUUCGUCGACAAGACCUGCAGCCGCCCGGUGAGCAGCUGUGCCAGUGGCCCGUGCCUGAACGGGGGCACCUGCCUGCAGCACACCCAGGUGAGCUACGAGUGUCUGUGCAAGUCCCCGUUCAUGGGUCCCACGUGUGCGAAGAGGCGGGCGUCCAACCCCGUGCAGGUCACCCAUCUGCCCAGCAACUACGGGCUCACCUACCGCCUGACCCCCGGGGUGCACACGCUGCCAGUCCAGCAGCCCGAGCACCGCAUCCUGAAGGUGUCCAUGAAAGAGCUCAACAAGAGUACCCCUCUCCUCACCGAGGGACAGGCCAUCUGCUUCACCAUCCUGGGUGUGCUCACCAGCCUGGUGGUUCUGGGCACCGUGGCCAUCGUCUUCAUCAACAAGUGCGAGGCCUGGGUGUCCAACCUGCGUUACAAGCACAUGCUGCGCAAGAAGAAGAACCUACUGCUGCAGUACAACAGUGGCGAGGAGCUGGCGGUGAAUAUCAUCUUCCCCGAGAAGGUCGACGUGACCACCUUCAACAAGGAGGAUGGCGACGAGGAGAUCUAA